AUGACAACAGCCAAGAACAGUUCCUCAGUUAUUCCAGUGAAAACAGAUCAAGGAAACAUGAUAAAAGCUGAUUCUUUAUCAAAUUAUCCUUCUGACAAGCAAAAAAUACCCAAUAAUAUUGAUACUAAAAUAAUAUCCACAUCAACUUUACUUGAAAAGGAACCAAUUAUCAGUCAUAAUAAUAAAACCAAUACUAAUUUGACAAAUCAUAAUUCUUCAUCUUUACAAGAUAAAAAAUGCACAAUGAAACAGGAUACACUAAUCACUUCUCAACCAAUCAAAAUACAGUUACGUGAAGAAUCUAAAGAGUGUAGAAUCAAACAACAAUUGGAUCUUAUGAAUGCAUCAACAGGUGAACAGAAUUACAACAAAUCUCAUUUCUUACAAAAUUCUCGACCACAUAUAUGCAUGUCACCAAGAUGUCCACCAGAUGGUGCAGCAGUUCAUGAAAUUUCUCCAUCCAAUCUCAGUAAAUCAAAUAAAUCAGUUAUUUAUGAAAAUUUGAUUGAUAGAUAUUUAUUAAUGGAACAUGAUAAUCGUUUACCAAAAGAAAUCUCUUCACAAUCAUUAGCUACUACAAGUACUGUUAACAGCGUUACAACAACACCAACUUUUAUUGAUAAUUCCUCCAUUACAAAAAAUCACAUGAACAACAAUGUCAAAGACAUUAUGACACACAGAGUUUCAACUCAAAGUACUCAAACAAAUUCCGACAUAAUGACAGUUACAUCAGCUAGUCUUGUACAUGAUUCACUUUCCGCUUGUGAUAGCAAUAAUAAAAGUCAUUUAACCUCAGAUACGAUUAAUUCUUAUCUGUCCCCACCCAAGAAAACUGUAAAUAUCCCUACCCAACCUCAUUCAUCAGUCAGUACAAAUACUUGGUUCCCACCUCCUCCUCCAACACCACUUCAAGAUUCAAUAAUGAAUUCUACAAAUGUUGAUUUGAAAGCACCGCACUAUCAUGAACAUUGUCGUCCAGAUGAAGUUCGUUCAUUAGUUAUAGACAAACUUCCUGAUAAAUCCUCUAAUAUCAUUACUAAUUUAAAUGUAUCUUCAACUUCUGAAUUCAAUUGUUCAACAAAAAUUAGUACAUCUGUUUCUUCAACAACAAAUUUAAAAUUAUCCACAUCUCCACCAACACCACCUUUACCUCCACCAUCUUCCCCACCCUGUCCACCAUCAGUUCCACCAAGACAUCCAGCUACUUCAUUACAAUAUAAAAUCGAACUGACUGAUUUACCGAAAACUGUAUCUGAAAAGGUGAAGAACAAUAAUGUUUUGGAGAUAUCGGAGAGCAAAUCUCAUCAAAACUUACAUGACACAGAUAACACAUUAUCAGUACAAACCCCUUUGAGAACAUCAUGUAAAAAUCCCGUCACAGCUAACAUUCCAAAUAAACAGAGUUCAAUUUGUCAGUCAGAUAAAUUAUCAGAUUCUUCCGUAAUGAAAAUAUUAACAAAUAAUUCCUCCGAGAUGACAGAAUCUAAGGCACAACCAGUUUCAACCAGUGAUCUAGAUGAAAGAAACAAAGAUUCAGCAAAAUGUCCUCUUGAUGGAAGAUCUGUUGUUCCAUGGGAUUCGAAUCAGAAAGACACUACUGUCUUACUUUCAACCACUUCAUCACAGAAAACACUUCAAACAAAUGAAACAGAAAUGAUUAAAUCAACAUGCAUUCUUUCUCACGCUUCAACAGUAACUUCCUCUACUUCAUUCCCUGACAAACGAAAUGUCAACUGGGCAUUUUCAAACCAACAUAUUUCUUCUUAUCCUUUAGAAAAACUAGAUUCAAUUAAUCUUGACUCAACAAAUCCAGUUUUAAUUAGAAAACAAUCAGUAAAAUUUCAUGAAUCAAACAGAUUACAAAAUGAUCAAAAAUCAAAUGUCACUGUAACUAGACCAAAUUUUUUAUCAGAUUUCAUAUUGAUAAAAUCUACACACCCUGAUCAGCCAUCGAUUAAACGCCUUAUUUCACCUGAUGAUUUGAAAAAUGAACGUACUAUUCGAAGACAUUAUAAUAUUACAAAUAAUCAUAAUCUAAAUCAAUCUGUCUUAUUACAGAAUGAAGGACAAGAUGAAUUUGUACCAUUUAUUUAUUCAGUAAAAGAUCCUACACUUUUAAAUCAUCAUAACCGAGAAUUAUUAAUAAAUAGUCAUCCAGAAAUACAAUCAAACCAACCAUUUGAUGUAGCUUGGUUGAAAGCUCAACAAAGGAUGGAAUUGAUCAAUUCAAAUAACACACGAAACGGAAUUCGUCGAUCUUGUCGUGAUUUUGCUCAGCGCCAAAUCAGUGCAGAACCCACAUUUACGAAUAUGCAAUCAAGUAUUAUGCAUUUAUCUCCAACAAGAACACAUAAAGAACAUUUCGCCUCUAGAAUUCCACCUACCAGUAAGAAUAGUAAUGUACUUUUAAUGACACAAUCUAGUUUACCAGCUGGAUUUCCUGAACAACAAUCAGAAUACUUUAUGCAUUACAGACAUAAAUCUGAUAACCUUGUUCAUAAUAACCCUAAUUUUGUCACAGAUAUGAGAUCGACUCGCAUGUCAGGCGAUUCUACACAUGUACAGUAUUAUCCUCAAAGAAAUCGUUCAUAUAAUUCUGAGAAUUCCUGUAUGACAGAUUUAUUUGCACCAAGUUACAACAGUAGUAUGACGCAAUCUGUAUUCUUCCCUCUAGAUUCAGGAUGGGGCCCACCAGAUGUUAAAUCAAAUGAUUCAACCAGCUCUAAACACAAAAAACAUCAUUCACAUAUGAUUCGUUCACAUAGUCAACGUACUGCCGAUCCACAAACUACUUUAUUAGAAGGUAAUCAGUUAAGCACGUCCUCAGAUCACACAAGAUGUUUAAUACCUUCAAAAUAUUAUCAUCGUAAUUUAAGUCAAACAGUACCAGCCAAUCCAGAUAGUAAUUCCAUUUGGCCUCCAGUUCUUGUUCAAUGGCAUAGAAGACGACCAAAUGUUGCUGUUAGUUCAGAAAAUUUCCCCGACAUAAUAGAUUACCAGGGAAGUAAAAGAUACAAUGAGAAUCUACACAUUCCAGCUGAAUAUUACAGACAUCGAAAACCAGAUUUUCCACGUCAUCAUAGUAGUAGUACAACAGCGAUAUCUGAACAACUUGAAAAUCAACUAUGGUUUCACUGUGAUCUUUCACGUUCACAUGCAGAAAAAUUAUUGAAAUCUACACCGACAGGUAGUUUUCUUGUAAGAAGAAGUGAGACAAGUAAAACAGAACUAUCACUAUCAAUAAAACGAGAAAGCGAUGUUCUUCAUAUGAAAAUUUCACAAGAUCCUGAAACUGGAGGUUAUGUUUUAGGCGAAUAUAGUCAACCAUAUCCAAGUGUUUCAUCUAUGAUUUAUCGUUAUUCACGAACUUUACUACCAGUACGUGGUACAACUCCGGUGUUGUUACGAUUCCCAAUCAGUCGUAUUACAUUUUCACAUUAA